UAAAAUUCAAAUGGAGUCUACUAAAGCUCACCAUCAACCCCCGCUUAACUCUGAUUCUCUUAUCUCCUAUAUUACACAAUUAAGUAGCUUAGAUGAGUUAGAAGCCAGGACUGCUCUUGAGAAACUCUCCAAAGGAGCCGGAGAUGCCACUGUGUCCAAGAAAAUGGCCAAACAGUGUAAAAUAGAAAAAUUCUUGGCAUCUAAAGAUGUCACAGAGGUUAAUUUGGCCCUUGAUUUCUGCAGCAAUGUGCUCAAGAAUAAUCCUGAAGUGGAAUACACAGACUUUACAAAGGAACAAGUCUUAUUGGAUAGAAUUAAAAGAGGGGAAUCAUCACGACAAUGGGCAGAGAUAGACGACUUAGGAACAACCCAAGAUGAGCUUUCAAAAGCUUUCGAAGAGCAUGGUAAAACUGUAGGCAGCGCAUUCCAAGAACUUUAUAAUCAUAUUGAGAAAGUCAAAGAGCAACUUUCAGAGGAUAUUAAAUAGAAAUAAAAACGAAAAUAUCAGGCUUAAUAAUUAUAUAGAAGUUAUGCGUGAUAAGCAGCCUGAUAUCCACCCUAGCUCAGAUCCGGAGCCAAAGUCCGCAACAGAGAAAGUUAAUAACGUCAAUAAAGCUUUUGACAGUGUUGAUACAAAGAUGGAUGAAAUAGAGCUCUUUAUUAAUGAAAAAGUCAUCAAGCGGCUUGAUCUAGUAGAACAACACGAGGAUCAAUUUGGAGAGCAGAUUACUUCAGUUAUAAAUAAAAUGAAAUUUCUGAGUGAAAAAUCGACUAAAAUUGAAGAACAAAUUAGUGAAAAUAGGACCAAUAAUCUGAUGAAGACCAAUAGCAUCUACGAGACUCUGGAUGAUAUAAAACAGAUAGUUCAGAAGAAAGUCAACCGGCUGGAAAAAUUAGUGAUUGACAAGGAAAACCAGGACAUUCCGUCCUACUCUGACAUGAAAGUGUCUUAUGAGAAGAUAAAAUAAACUUGAAGAGCAAGUCUUGGCCAUGAGAACUUACCAAAAUGAGCUAGAUGAAGUCUUUGGACUUCAAAGCAAGGAGAUGGACUCUUUGAUCAAGAUGACGGCUAAUAAUAAUUAUAUUAAGAUCAAAGAAAUGGAAACCAAUGUGGAAAGAACCAGGAAAGAGCUAUCAGAAAAUUGUUCAAUACUUGACCUCAAGAUGAAGGAAAUCAUGAAAGAUAUGGAUACUGUGAAGAAAAAUAAGAAGAGACUAGAGUCUUUAGAAUGGGCAGAGAAUGACUCUGCUAAGUUAGAGGUUUUAAUAGCAGAAUCUGAGCAACUCUGGACUUUUGUUCAAGGCUUUGUUGAUGAGCAAAGUGUAACUAAAACAAAGGUGAUGAUGGAUUUGGAGCUAAAACUAACUGAGAGAAUGAAUGCAUUAGAGUGGGUGUCAAGGAAUGCUAUUUACCUGACUCCUGAUGCUUUGAACAAUUGUAUUAGUGCAUUUAAACUUCAAUACAACAAUGAUAAUCAGAACAUAAUCAAUUCAUAUAUUUUCUCUAGCCAUCAGUCUGAUCUCAUUCAUACAAUUUCAUCUAAACUUGAGACUCUUGGUCAACUUGAGAGAAACGAUCAAAAUGAUAGGAAGAUUUACUCCCAACUCUCUCUUCUAGAGCCUUCUUUGAUAAAUGAUAUGAAUCUUGAAAUAGCUCUUAGCAAGAAUAUUCAUACAAUUUUAUUACGGCUUCUUAACAUAAAACUGUUAUUAGAUAAGGAAAACAAGAACCAAGUCCCAUGCUUGAAGUAUCUCAUGAGAUGUCUUGCCAGUUCUCUCAGAACUGAAGAGUCAAUCACUUUGUACAUAAAUAUCAAAGAUUGAAUUAAAAAGCUUGGAGCAGUUCUUAAAUAUAUUAAUGAUCAGGAAAUCUUGGCAAAUACUUCAAAGUGUCUCCGCUUGUGAUGCAAGAAUGAGCAGAAUAUUAUGGUUGUUAAGAAAGAUUGUAAAGAUUUCCCUAAUAUUCUUGUGGAUACUCUCCAUAAGAAUGCUUACAGCUUGAUUAUCUUUCAAGAAAUCUUACUAGCUCUUAAGUACUACACAGUAGCACUAGAUGCUAUCCCAAGCCUUGAUAUUAACAAUCUGAAGAUAUUAGUAGAGCUACACAAGGAAAGCCAGAAUGAGAAAGUCAGGAACAACAUCAAAACUAUCCUGGUGCAAUGUGCUAGAAUACUUGAGUACGAAGAUGAGCUCAACAAACUUAAUGCUGGACAUAUUCUCAUUAGCUAAACUUAAUAAUCACAGGGAAUAUUAAUAUCUAAUAUUUU